GUGUAGUGCCUUGCGCAUGCGCAUGCGCAACCACGCCACAUGGUUAGCAGCAGGGCUUUCAACAUGGUUGCUGGUUAACUAGACUUGUGAGAUAUUUUAGCUCAGAUAUUCGUAUUAAAAUCAAAUCAAGUAAAGUUCAGCUUUGCGCCCUCGGCUUGGAUAAGUGGUGCUGUCCUUUAAAAAAAUGGGGAAAACAAAGACUAAGAACCAGAAGAAAGCCCGCGUGGCUGCCAGUCGUGUGGCCGAGGAGACUUACUCCACUGUGCCGCACACCUUCGUGUUUCACCGCGGACAGAUCGGCAAGAACGGCGCUCAGCUCGUGGCAGACAUGAGACGAGUCAUGGAGCCCUUCACUGCCAGAGCUCUGAAGGUGCGGAAGAAUAACGUCUUGAAAGAUUUUGUUGCAGUGGCAGGACCAUUAGGAAUCACGCACUUCUCAAUAUUUACCAAAACUGAGAAUACUAUAAACAUGCUACAGAUUGGCCCCAGAAUGACUCUGCAGCUGGUGAAGAUAUCAGAAGGCAUGGGGGAAGGAAAAGUGCUUUAUCAUUCUUUCAUCUCGAAAACAGAGGAAGAGCUUCAGGAGAUGCUGAAAAGGAAGGAGGCCCGUCUGAAAGAGAAAGAAGAACGGAAGAGAAAACAAGAACAGAACAUUGCCUUAAAAAAAGACAAACGAGAUCAGAACAAGCAAAAGAGCAUGGAGGGCAUCAAGAGAAAGCGUCAGCAGGAAGGGCAGGUAUCAGAUGAUGAAGUGGAGGAUCCUGGGAAACCGGAGGGCCAGGCUCCAGCCGAGGAGUCUGAGGACGAAGCAGAGUAUUACAGACAGGCUGUGGGGGAGGAACCAGAUGAAGACAUGUUUCCUGGUGCAAAAAGGAAGCGUGGUCCUGGAAAGUCUACAAAUCCCUUUAAAAAGAGGAAGCUGUCACCGGGGAAGGGCCCUCCUCAUGACAAAAAGAGUUUUAAGUCAUUUGACAGGGGAAAUAAAGAUGGUAGGAAGCGGUUUGGGGAUAGAAAACCUCUAGAGGGGAGAAACAGGUUUAGGAAGAGCGAAGGAGGCAAAAAGUUUGGCCAAAAAGGGGGAAAAGGCAAUAGAUUUGCAGGGCAGAAGAAAGGAGAUACCGGUAAGAAGUUUGGCGGACAGAAAACGUUUAAAGGACGUGCUGUUAUGAAACGACAGAAAGGUGCCGGAGGAAAAAAGGACUUUAAACACAAGAAAGGGAAAAGCUGAAGGAACUGAAAGCGAGGUUGGACGCAUCUAAACUGCUUAACCACAAGAUGGAACUGUUGCUUCACUGAUGCGUCAUGUAUUAAAUGACUGAUGUAUCAUCAUGUAUCAAUGCAAAAACAUCAGCAGAUCCAUGCUGCUUUAUGUCAGACUUGUGCCUUGUAUAAAUGUUGAUAGAUUUGGAUACAUUUAACCAAUAAAUCCUUUCAAAACA